GGAUCUAUCAGAACAAAGCGGAAUAACAAUACAAUUGUCCUACACACACGGUGCGAAACGGGAUUAUUCGUUGCGUUGCUUGCAGUGGUUGGACUCCGCUUCCUGUUUCUCCUUUUUGUUGCACCACAGGAGCUCUCGCGGAGGAUCCCCUCCUUUUGUGUCGUUCUGCGGUUGUUUAUCCGCGCUCCAACUUCUGCCUGUCAUUUCGCCCCAACGGAAGGUUUCAUUUCAGUGUUUUCUUCCACGCGUCGGCAUUUAAACGGAAUGAAUGACAAAAACAAAGGAGAUUGAUGUCAAUAACUAUCCGGCUCACCUCGUCUUCGCCUCGCCCAAGGAACGGAGACUCCAUCUCCGGCAGAAGAUGGAAAGCGGAGGCGGGACGGAGGGCUCGGACAGCGGGCAAACGCAGCACGCGGAGCUGCCGGCGAUGGUGGCCGCUCAUCCUCCGGGCGAGAAGAAAAAGAAGGUGAACCGGGCUUCGUCCCCCGCCCGGCCGAAGGAUGUACCCGGUUGGUCGCUCACCAAGAUCCGCGGAGGGAUUGGGACCCCGACCCUGAGCGUCAAACCGGGAGCCAUCCACCUGGGUAGCCGCAUUUCCAGGCGCAGCCCUGUCGGAGGACUGGCUGCAAGGGACAGCAAGGCGGAGAAGAGCGCUGGUGGGAAACCUACGGGCAAAUCCUCCUCCUCCUCCCCCUCAGCGUCGUCUAAAACAGCCAAGGCGGCCAAGAGCACUGGCGGGCGGCGGAAGGUGUCGGACGCCAGCAUAGGAUCCGACGAUGCGUCGAAGGACUCCGGCUGCGCCACCGGGAAGCUGUCCCCCACCGACAGUAGCUCCGAGCUGUCGGACUGCGCCUCUGAGGAAAACAAGCUCUCCGCGGAAGCUGUAAGCAGCGACGCCGAAUCACGGAGCAGCCGGGGCGGCGGGCCGGAUGGCGAAAAGCCGCUCAGGGACAGAGCCGGCCACCAAGCAGCCGCUGCUAAGACCACAUGCUCCUCCGCGGAGAGGGACAAGGACCGGCUCUCCCUGGGCGUGGGCCCCGGGGAAGGGAGCAUAUCCCCCGGCGAAGAGCGUUCAGUCACCUCGUUUGACAGCAGGGUCCCUGCCAGCACAUCCCUGGCUUUCUCAGACCUCACGGAGGAGUUUAUGGACGGCAUGCACGAGGAGUUUGUCCGGGAAAUAGAGGAGCUGAGGUCCGAGAAUGAUUACCUCAAAGAUGAGAUGGAGGAGCUGAGGUUCGAGAUGCUGGAGAUGCGGGACAUGUACAUAGAAGACGACGUCUACCAGCUGCAGGACCUACGGCAACAGCUUGAGCAGGCAAACAAGACCUGCCGCAUCUUGCAGUACCGGCUGAGGAAGGCAGAGCGGCGCUCUCUGCGCGUGGCCCAAACGGGGCAGGUGGACGGAGAACUGAUACGCACGCUGGAGCAGGACGUCAAAGUGGCGAAGGACGUGUCCAUCCGUCUCCACAGUCAGCUGGACAACGUGGAAAAGAAGAGGAGUCAUCUGGAGCAGGAGAAUGAGGAGCUGAGGGUCCGCCUGCAGGACCUGGAGGUCGCCAAACAGGUCCUGCAGCAGGAGAUUGACAAGAACUCCCAGAGGAAAAGAGGAGCACGACCAAACAACAAACCUGACAAGAAGCUCUGUCCACAGGAGGACAGCUCGGACCUGAAAUGCCAGCUCCACUUUGCCAAAGAGGAGUCAGCCCUGAUGUGCAAGAAGCUGACCAAACUGGUGAAGGACUGCGAGGCCAUGAAGGAGGAGCUGGCCAAGUUCAGGUCGCUGUACGGGGACGUCAACGCGUCGCUCACUGUGGAGGAGGUGGCUGACUCCCCCCACACGCGCGAGGCGGAGAUCAGAGUCCACCUGAAGCUGGUGGAGGAGGAGGCCAACCUGCUGAGUCGGCGCAUCGUUGAGCUGGAGGUGGAAAACAGGGGGCUCCGAGCUGAGAUGGACGACAUGAAGGAGCCACACGAUGGUCCACAGGAGCUUUCUGGUGUUGGUGGCAGCCUGGGCCUGGGACUCUGCGGAGCGGCUUCAUCCGAAAACUUCAUGGAGCUCCAGAGACACCUCCAGUUUGUGGAGGAGGAGGCGGAGCUACUCAGGAGGUCUCUCAUCGAGAUGGAGGAACAGAACAAACUCCUGAUGAACGAGAUAAACCUCUAUAAAUCUGAUCUCCCACCGCCGCCGUCUGCAAUGUCCUCCAAUUCAUUAGCAUCGCUGACAGAUGGGCUGCUCAACGACAGCCCGGAAAGGGCGGUGCUUAUCAGCACCGACGCCCCGGCCCACGAGGAGGAGCUCAGGCUUGCGAAGCUUCAGAUUGGAGAACUGGGUGGGAAGGUGAAGAAGCUGCAGUACGAAAACCGAGUGCUUCUGUCCAACCUGCAGCGCUGUGAUCUGGCCUCCUAUCAUUCUCCUUCCUCCUCCUCCUCUUCCUCCUCACUUCGGCUGGCUCUGGACACAGACGCAGAGGCCGGAGACUCAGCUGAGUGCCUCCCAAGCCCGCUGAAUCGCAAAGAGCCAGUCGGGGGUGAGACUGACGACCUGGAGAUCAGGGAGCGGAAAAAGAAGAUCAAGGACAACGCUGACGCAACAACAUCCCUCCCCGGGUACCUGGGGCAGAAGGACCAUGAUGCCUUGCUGGCCAUUAGGGACCAGGUUCGCUUGGUUUCCACAGCGAUCCAGCUCCUGACCUUCCCAGAGUCGAACUGCCUGUCCUCCUCGUCCAUCUAUCACAAGGUCUGCAGCAACGAGGCAGCAGAACCGUGUGACCUGGAGAAACCUCAGUCUCACAGCCAGAUUUCAGAGCUGUCGGACCUGGCCGACCGGCCCCUGGUCGGUGCUCUGACCAGUAGGCUGCAGGCCCUGCACACCCAGCUACAGGCCUUCGUGGAGCAGGUGGACAGCCUGGGUAAACCCCCGGCAGGUGGAAGGGACACUCAGGUUGAAGGAGCGUCUCCUCUGGCCUCACCCUGCGCCUCUCUCCCCUGCUCUGGAGACGGGCAGGAUAGACUGAACACUCCUGCCGAGCAGCAGCAACCUGAUUAUAGGGACCAAUCAGAGCCGGAGGUCAAAGGUCAAAUCGAGGAGACCAGCCGAUCAGGCGCCGAUAAGACGGAAAAGCAGGACGAUCGGUGGCUGGUGCAGGGAGAGAAGGAGACGGACGAUACUCUGCCCUUCCAUGACGAUGAACUUCGGGCUCGGCUGUCCGACGCUGAGGAGUCGGCUCUCGGAACUCAGGGGGAGCUGGAGAGGCACGCUCAGAGAGAAUCCACUCUCCAACUCACACUGCACCAGAAGGCUCUGCUCCGUCGAGACUUCCAGCUGCAGAGUUUGGGCCUCCAGGCUCGGCUUCAGCGGAGGUUGUGGUGCCAGGAGAGGAAUCUGCUGGUCCAGGAGUCCCAGCACCUCAAACAGGACCUGUUACUGCUCAGCCUCAAACUGCGCUGCUUCCUCAAACAGUGGAGGCAGGGCUGCAGGAAGGACAUCGAGUGGAAAGACAUCUUGGAGAUGAACAGCCUGAAGGACUUGUACCUGCUGUUGGAGGAGGAGAACCUGACGAGCCCCGCCCACCAGUCUGACAAGAGGGACAAACAACUACUCAGCCCAAAUAUCAAGUCGAGCGCCGUGAGCAGCACCUUGGCGGACCUGAAGGUGGCACUGCAAGAUUUGAGUGGAGAGUUACGACAGGGGAGACAAGGCUCACAAGAGAUCACACAGCAGUUCGCCAAGGCCAAGGCAUCAUGGGAGGUGGAGAUGACGGUACUUAAGAGCCUCAUUACGCAGCUCGAGACCAAAUCAGGAAAAGCAGCUGAUGCACUGGAUCCUCCGGACCUGAAGGUGGCACUGAAGAGGGAGCGUGAAGAGCACCAGCACCUCCUGGCCGAUUCCUACGCAGCUGUGAUGGACCUAACUAAACAGCUCCAGAUCGGGGAGAGGAACUGGGGCCGAGAGAAGCUGGAGCUGCUGGAGAGGUUCAGCCAGGAAAGAGCUCAGUGGGAGCAGAGACUGGGAGAGGCCACUGCGCAACAGGGGAAGUCAUCAGGCAGCGAGUCCUCUGCAGACACAGCCGUCACGAAUGGAACAGGAUUACAACGAACAAAAUCCACGUCAGAGCUGGACAGCCCAGAAGUCAAUGGGAGAGCCAAUCAGGAGGAGAGAAUUGAGUUUGCUGUCCCAGAGCUGCGUGACCUCACCAGGAAGAACUGGACCUACCUAACCAACGAGACCCCAGAGGUUGGAGACACCUGUAAAACCUGGGACGGUCCCAGCGGCUCUUGCAGCAGCUUAGUAGGAUCAGAACUAUAUCUGGAGACUGUCCAGAGGAGCUACACAGCUCCAGACCGCACUGGCAUAAGGAUCUACUACAGCCCUCCUGCGGUAAGGCGCAUGGAGCACCAAAGAAGGAGCCAGGAGGCCAAAGAGCAACAGCAGGCCCAGAACGGGAGCUCCUCCCUGGGAGUGAGUGAGCCAAACGUAGGCAUGGCUGCUGUGGGAGCACUUGCUGUUCAGCCGCAGCAACCAUCCUGCUUUUCAUCCUCGUACGAGCAGUGGCUGAGCUCGCUGUCCAAGCAGCACAGGGAGCUGCUAGAGAGCAAAAGUGGCUGCAUCGGCGGUUCGAUCCUAAGCAUCACCGGCAAUGGCGUCGCCGGCUCAGACGUUGGGAUGGCGCCCUCGUCAGCUUUCCACGACCUUGAGAUCGGGGAGAUUUCCGCCAAUUUGAGUGAUGACAUGAAAGAGAUGACCAACUGUGUUCGCCAGGCCAUACGCUCUUCCUCUCUGGAGAGGAAAUCCUCCAAGGAACCUGGAAGUCAGGUGGUGGGCAUGUCCACCAGGUCCACGCAGACUGCUGCGCAAUCUGUCAGUAUUGGGCUUCAAACCGGCAACCUUCCCGGCAGCAGAGGGUCGGGGUUCUACUCCAAAGCCUGGUCUCCUCGCCCCUCGACAACAACCACUUCCUCGCUAGUGUCUGCCCGAACCCGGCAGAUAUCCACGUCCCUGGACAAGGUUCACAGUCGCGUCGACAGGCCUUGCUGUUCACCCAAGUAUGGAUCACCAAAACUGCAACGCAGAGUGUCUUCUGGCUCCACCUCCAGAUUGGAGGGGAGUUCCUCUUCUAGGGACCGGAGCCUGUGGAGCCUCCAGCAAAGAUCCAUCGGUGGAGGAGGAGGAGGUGGAGCAGGAGGAGCAGGAGGAGCAGGAGGAGCAGGAGGAGGAGGAGGCUCAGCCUGGGCUCGCUCCACCACCACAAGGGACAGCCCCGUCCUGAACGGCCUCACUGACGGCCUCUCCAGCCUCUUCAGUGUGGUCGAACACUCUGGAAGCACAGAGUCGCUCUGGAGGGGGGAUGGAGGAGCCAGCCAGGAAGCCAGUCCAGCUCGACAGUCUCCUGCUGCAGGAAAAUCCACCAGCGCACCGGUCUGUGGAUCUGACCCCAGCUCUCAGCGGUACGGAGGCCUGGACCAGGAGUUCUUCAGGAAUGUCUGCAGCAGCAGCAACCAAGACCCAGGAGGAGUCACCCUGUGUGAGGAGAGAGCUCCAAGAGACCCCAGUGGCAGCCCCGGGGGUUUGUCUGUCUUGGGAAGUUAUGGCGGCUUGGAUGAGCCCAAGCUGGAGUGCGUGGCAGUCGGGAUCGGGGGAUUUGGAUCGCUGGCCACAUGCAACGACAGCGUGACCAAGAUCGUCAAUAAGAGGUUCAUGAGACAGACGGCCGGCGAGGAGAUGGUCGGUAUCAUGGGAGGAGGGAAGGAAACAGUGGGCAAUGCUGGCGCCGUUGCAGGAUCUUGGACAGAGGAUGCACCCUGUGACUGUGCUGGCCAGUCCUCCUCCUGCCUCACCCGACCAUCGAGAGCAGCAGCUCGCCAUUCGGUCGGCCAGUGCAAGCACCGCACACAAGAGUCUCAGGCGGCAACCGAGGAGAAGGUGGACACCUGCAACGAGUGACGACCUCUUAAAAGACACACAACACACACACACACACACACACACACAAUCAACACUGACUUCACACUUGUCACUGCCAUGAAAGCGCAUCACAACACAUCAGCAAAUGUACACGUAGACACAUACAACCUGCCACACAGGUGCACUGCCAAACAUCACGCCACACUGCUCGCACACUGCAAGACCCACUGCCACAUGCACACAUUCACAACACUCGUCUUGGACUGUACCAUUCUGAUGCCAAGGACAGGGAGGACAGAAACUCAGAGCCAGCGACAGAUCCAACCAUCACAAAACCUACCAGCAUGACAUAAAACACACACAAUCUGACACGUAAACAAGAACAACUCUACAAAAAAAAACUACGAUGCCAGGACCAGAUCUACUAACCUCCCCUGCCCCCCUUAACAGAAUAAGCUGUUUUGAAAUAUCAAAUCUACCUUGAUGAUGUCGUCUUGCCACCAUGUUGUCGGACAAGAAGCCAUGUUGGAUUUACAGAUGAGCAGAGGAGGAAAAAAGGACAUUGUCCCAGUUUGAGUAUGUGUUGAAAGUGCAUGUGCUACUUUGAGGGCCACAGUGUAAAACUGUAGAGGAGACACCUGUCAAAGCUGGAAAGAUCUUCCACAUCUGAAACCAUCAAUCUAAGAUGAUUUCGCCCUGAACUUUGUCGUCAAUAAUAUUCCAGUGAGUGUUUCCAACAGGGAACUGACAACGCCACCUUCUGAUUACACGUCUGUGUCAUGCAGCCUGGUAUUCAAUGGUCCUCAUGUUACAGCGGAUCGCUAACGGAGACAUUUGAGUUUCACUGGACUACAAAUCCUAGCAUGACCAGACUUGGACUCCAUUGAUUGAUGGACUGGUCAGCUCUGCAAAUGAGACCAUACAACUGAUUUGAGUGGACCUCCUACAAGUUGCUGCGUAGUAGCAAAACGAGACAACAAAAGGCUCCCAAGGCUUGUUUAGAAGAAGUAACUGGCCAUUAUGCUCACAGAAGGACUUUGGCCGCAAACACAGGGACGUUUUGUGGCAUCGUAGUCAUGAUUACUAAACCAUAUAUAUAUGAAAAAAAAACAACAACAAAAAAACACUUCGUGACGUUUCCUGAUUGGAAAAAUAAUAGUUCUGGUUUCAACCUGUUACAGCAGGAAGAAAGUGCCUGUUCGUUUUCCUAUUUUGAGAUAUUUCUUAACUGAUGUCAAGAUUCAUCCUUAACCCUUAGAUGUUCUUUAACCUAAGAGCGCAUCUGCAGUCUUUGACUUGGCAUUGGAUUGAGGUGCACUGAUAGGACGUUUUUAACUUAUUUAACCAGUUUUUCAGAGGGCCUCAACAACGAGUUUGGCAUCAUGCUACAAAGCAUUAUGCUCAAAGCCAAAACAUAGAAAGGAUUCCAAUUCACUCCAUUCUGUAAAGAAAGUACAGAACAUCGAGGUGGUUUCCACUAAAUAUCAAUGUCACGGAAUCUGAGUUACGUAAUUAAGAACUGUUUAAAAAACUUGAAUGAUAUUGACCCGAUGUCUGUCAGCGUAAUCGGUGCAUCCCAACCCGGUCAUGCUUCAUGGCCUCAGAUACGAGGCGUGUCUAAACUCCAAAUGCUCAUCGUCCAGAAACACUCACUAACUCUAAACAGUGUCCAUGGAGAAUUCAGAUGCAUUCCUUUUAUUAAGAGUCUUUCCCAGAUGUGUAUGUGUGUAAUUUGUAUAUAUGUUUAGUCAUCGAAUUAUCAAUGGUAUGUUGUACCAGUGCAUCAUUUCUAGGACUAGUGAAAGGGAUAAUAUUUUAAAUACUUCCUCUUUUCUCUCCGCUCUCCUCUCACGCACAACUGUCCUUGUGUAUACCGCCGGUGUAGCUACUCUACGAAUUGCAUACACAAUUUGACGAAUUUAGCAUUAUAAUGUGAUCUUGGUGAACAACAACAAGCUAGGAGCUGUCCAUUUGAAGCCAGAGUACUGAAUGCACCGAGUUUUUACUUUUUGAGAAAUACAUCCAAGACAGUCAGAUCCAACGAUAUGAAAUGUCUUCAAUAGGUUCUCCGCAGACUAAAGAGACGUAAAAGACGUGGGAUACUGACACAAUGGUCUUACUGGUGAAUUGAAAUUGUAAAACAAUACUGUAACUGAAAACAAUUCUAUUUGAAAGGAUUUUUAAAUUCCAUUUCUUUCUCCAUGUUGUGUUUCUAAUCAAAUAAUAGAUAUUCAAAGUGCCUGUCGGAUCAGCUCACACCAAAACUGGACUCCAUAAAAAAAAAUACACACACAAAAAAACACAGCAGGCCUUUUUUUUAAAUGAGUGAGAUUGUUUUUAUGCACAUAAUUGCGAUCAGGCUGUACUAAGCAAAGCUAGAAUAAAGUACUGUACCACAGUGGAGGACAAAACAGAUGGUUUACAGGUAUAGUAAAGUAUAGUAUAUGCACACUAUACUAACUUUUUUUAUACCAAGGGUAUUUCUGGAAAGUAAAUUAUUUCUAGUUUUGUUUAUUUUAUAUGGAUGUUUUUACUGAUUUAUAAGCCUGUUGUUUCGAUUAUUUCUACUUAUCAUGGUGAUACUUAGUGUGACAUCUGCUUGAAUUGAGUCUCAGCUGCAGUCUGAGCAUUUUUCUCCAUCUCUGCACACCAUUUAAUGACUCAGCAGUGACUCAACAGUUUAAAAUAGGGCAUUACAGUGCAUGAAUUUAAAUAACACAGUGAGGAAAACCCAAAAGGCGGCCACCUGUCUCCACUCAGACCCUUGACGCUAGUAGAAAACCAAUGAUCUGAAACCAUCCACCGCUUCAAAAGCUAGACAGAUAGAUAUCGGACCAAAAUUAUACAACAGGUUGUUUUCGCCAAAUGGUCUGAUUGGUUAAAGACCACAUGAAAUCAUAUAACCUCAAUAAAAUGAUACACAUCCAUUCCUGUUCACAUCUAACAGGAAGCGUUGAAGUUACCUCACAACUAUUUGACCACAACAGUCAAAAAUGGAGGGAAACAGCUCGCUAAGACGCUAACACGCUAACUGUUCACUUAGCAAAGCGCUGACCUGUGCGUCAGAACUAGCUUUUCCCGACUGGGAAAAAUAAAACAUUUUGAGGGUAAAAUACCACACCUGCAGCUUAAUCCACUUUUAUUCUGCUUCUCUAUUGUUAUGUUUGCUACAAUUAUUCAAAAUGUGGCAAAAUAAACUGCUUCUGUGUGGCACUAGCAUGGUUAGCUGUUUGCAUUUGUUACACACAGCAAUGAAUGCUAAUGUUGCUAACAUUUUUAAAUGUGACGUUCCUAGUCAAGAGGUCUGGCACAUUUCAAUUCAGAUUUACAAUCAACAACCAAUGAAGAUAUAAAACACUUGACUACAGGCCUUAAUAGGUUUGAAUCAAAAUUGGUAACGAUACAUUUGACACUUCGCAAAUAUUAGCCUCUUAUGCUAAUGACUUCCUGCACAAAUUACAGCACACUCUGCAUGUCAAGACAUUUCAUAGCUGACUAUCUGGCCAACAUGUUAUUAUCUACACAAAAUAGUUCAAACAAGUUAGUAGCCUAAUGUCACGGUAAGAGAGACAUUUAAAAAACACUGAAUACAUUUUUCCAUACGUUUGGUGUCCCCAUUUUGUCUGCGUAAAUAAAUAAAUACAAAAAAGAGCUGAAGAAGUUAAUUCACGGUACAUUACUGUAAUGCAGUACAGUAAUGAAAUUAUCUCCCACCACACAUCAGGAUGAGUGGCUAAACCCACAAAGGAAUCAACCCUGAUAUUAGGUCUGGCACUAUUUCCGUUUUUGGAUAAUAACCACAGAAUUUGUCAUAGUAAAGCUAAAAUCGAUCACAAAUUCAAACAUGUAACAUGUAAAACAGCAACCAAAUGCCAGUAUAUAUAUAUAUAUAUAUAUUGAUUUAUUUGUGGGAACACUAAAAACAACAAAACCAGACAAAAACCUGGUGAGUAGAUGAGAUAAAAGAAAGCAUUCUGUAGAAGGAGGUAGACCUUGGUAAGUGAUGACAAUAUGGCAAAGUGAGAUUAUUAUUAUUAAUUGAAACCAAAAUAAAAGCACAAACCUGUUAAAUCUCUAUUAGAGAACUGUUAGCAUAAUUUGCUAAAACAAUUGUCAUUUUAUCAUUCAUAUAUUCAGUACAAAUAUUAAUGUGAAAGUCCCUAUUGUGGCCCAGCUCUAUGACACGAGUGAAACAAGAAUUAUUGAUUGUGAGAAAGACUCUUGCACUUUUUACACCAUUAUAUCAAACUCUGAAACGUUCAUUAAGUAACACGACAAUAAGAUACACAUGUAUCUUUAACGUUACGGUGCAUCAAUUCAAUUCAGUUUAUUUGUAUAGCCCAUUUUCACAAAUUACAAAUGUGUCUCAGAGUGCUUUACAAUCUGUACAUAUAAGACAUCCCAGUCCCAUCACUCUUAAUGUGAACGUUACUUUGUGCCUCACCUCUGCAAAGAGUUCUGGCUUGAAUUUAAACACAAAUUUGUCUGCAACUAUUUGACUGCAUGAGGGUUGAUUACAUCUUGAGUUAAGAUCAGAUGUCUUAACAUGUAGAAUGAUCUGUCUUUGCAUACAUUUUUGAUUGUCGUCCUCCUUAACAUACAUUUUGACUGACCAUAUGUGCAGCAUACCCAUAAGGCACCUCAGUGUCAGGAGUAUAGUAUGACUUAGGAAAAAAAAUAGUUUUGCUUUAGUGUGACCAGACCUCCAAAUGGUUACAAUUUCGGACCAAGUUUAUAUUUUGGUAUGAGCCAACCUCCAGUCUUGUGUCGAAACAUCACGUUUUUUAGACAUGAUACGAUAGACGGCUGCAGCACACAUUGAGGCUGUGGAUAAAACUGCCACUGUUGUUUUGACGUUGGGACUCAUUUCAUAUUAGAGGACACAAACUAAAUACAGGACAACGUUUCAUGCUUUUGCUGAUUUGAACACGUGAAAUAAUUUGUUUAUAAUGCUUUAAAACUUGUGAUUUUUCCUAUAGUAACAUCUGAUGUGACGUAUAGCUGGAAAUACACCUCACAGCUCCUUUUGGUAUCUCACAUGGAUGUAUUUUCACCAGCAUAAGGGUCAAAACGCUCUCCAACCUCGAUGUCAUUGAUCAGUUCUGCCUCUCCGGCCUUUCCACCUGCCUGCCAGGUGAUUAUAUUUGCUCUGCCCCCUCAAGGUACAAGUACCAGACAUAGCAGCCAAUGAUAGACAGUUGUAUAGGUCACACAUCCUCACCAGCCAAUAACUGAUGACCUCUUACAGGUUGCAUGGCACAAACCACGAGUCUCGUCGUUCCCUGUGUGUCUCUCAGCCUGUUGCCUGAAAAGCAGCCUUUUAAAUGUGUUUUCAUUCCAUUCAUAUGAUCAUUACAUCCUGGGAACAUGUUAAUUAAUUCUUUGCUGUUCAUUACCUAGAGACUGCCUGUAUAUUGCUUUAUAUAAUCUGCUCUUGUCUUUUUAUAAUGCCUGUUUUCUUGAAUAAAAGGAGAAUACAAUGAAUGACAAAGUAAAUAAAGGAAAUGUGGUCCCCCCCACCCCGCCCCCUUGUAUAUCAAAUUGGAAAAGAAAGAAAAGUACUAUCUCUCUUCUCUUGUUUCUUUGAGAACAGCUGAAUGUCAACAGCUGAUCCGAACCAGGUCGCUGUGGAAGUAUGUAGCUCUCUCCCUGUAUAGACCACACAUACCCAUUUAUUCUGUACAUAGGUGCAUUUUCAAGCUGACGAAAGCAAAAACAAAGGGCAGCAAACGUUUAACGAUUGAGUUGAGGACAUUUGAUCAAAGUGGAUUUUUUAAGUGGUUGAGGAUUUAAAGUUUGUUCUUUUUUCUCUGACCGAUGUAGCUUGUAAAACAAGAUAUUAUAACUGCCUUCUGUUUGUCAUAACAUUUACAAAUAAAUAAUUGUUGGAAUUUA